AUAAAGUCACUUAUAAACCGACUGCUACUUAAAUCAGUCCUGUCACAAGUGUGGUGUGAUACUGAAAAGGGAGACUAUACGUGCCAUGGUGUCAGUAUGGCAGAGACAUAUCACAAAGUUUUUGUUUAUGGAACUCUGAAGAAAGGUCAACCUAACGAGUAUUUUAUGAACAUGAUACCUAGUGUCGAAUACCUGGGAACAGCAGAAACCAGAACAAAAUAUCCAUUGAUUAUUGGUGGAGAAUGGAAUUUACCAAUGUUACUGAACAGAGAGGGUGAAGGGAAGACAGUGAAAGGGGAAGUAUACAGAGUGGACAAAGAUGCCUUAGAACGACUGGACCAGUUUGAAGGUCAUCCUGACUUUUAUGAGAGGACGGAAAUAGAUGUUAACUUAACCAAUGAUGAUGAGGUUUUGUCCACAGUGAAAUGUUGGACAUAUUUUAUCAAAGAUUACUCAGAAAAGGAUGUUAAACAAGAACAUUUUUCUCUGUAUGAUAGUGCUGGAUGUCAUGGUCUGGUUUACGAUGCAAGAGAGAACGAUGAACAUCCUAGCCAAUCUUGACAGUGACUGCCAGCUAGAUCAGAUGGAAGACUGUGAUAAAAACAUUAUUAUAUCAAUCCAGGGAUUAUUUCUUUAAAUUUUAACCUAUACAUACAGUUUAUUUUAAAAAUUCUAUGUAUAUCACAAACUAUUUUAUACUGUCGUUUUUUUAUAAGGCAAAAGGUUUUGUUGCAGGUAAAUUCUGUUAUGAAAAAUGAUACUUUGUCAAUAUACUGUGUAUUUCAUUAUACCCCCUGGGGUAUUACAUUUUGCAGAAGGGUGUUAAUUAAGACUCUAUUUUUAUGCCCCCGAAGGGAGGCAUAUAGUUUUUGAACCGUCGGUCUGUCAGUCUGUCUGCAUUUUUCGUGUCCGGUCCAUAUCUUUGUCAUCGAUGGAUGGAUUUUCAAAUAACUUGGCAUGAAUAUGUACCACAGUAAGACGACGUGUCACGCGCAAGACCCAGGUCCGUAGCUCAAAGGUCAAGGUCACACUUAGACAUUAAAGGAUAGUGCAUUGAUGGGCGUGUCCGGUCCAUAUCUUUGUCAUCGAUGGAUGGAUUUUCAAAUAACUUGGCAUGAAUAUGUACCACAGUAAGACGACAUGUCGCGCGCAAGACCCAGGUCCGUAGCUCAAAGGUCAAGGUCACACUUAGACAUUAAGGGAUAGUGCAUGGAUGGGCGUGUCCCGUCCAUAUCUUUGUCAUCGAUGGAUGGAUUUUCAAAUAACUUGGCAUGAAUGUGUACCACAGUAAGACGACAUGUCGCGCGCAAGACCCAGGUCCGUACCUCAAAGGUCAAGGUCACACUUAGACAUUAAGGGAUAGUGCUUUGAUGGGCGUGUCCGGUCCAUAUCUUUGUCAUCGAUGGAUGGAUUUUCAAAUAACUUGGCAUGAAUGUGUACCACAGUAAGACAACUUGUCGCGCGCAAGACCCAGGUCUGUAGCUCAAAGGUCAAGGUCACACUUAGACGUUAAAGGUAAUUUUUCAUGAUAGUGCAUUGAUGGGCGUGUCCGGUCCAUAUCUUUGUCAUUCAUGCAUGGAUAUUAAAAUAACUACGCAUGAAUGUGUGACACAGUAAGACGACGUGUCAUGCGCAAGACCCAGCUCCGUAGGUCAAAGGUCCUAAACUCUAACAUCGGCCGUAACUAUUCAUUUAAAGUGCCAUCGGGGGCGUCAUCCUGUGGAGACAGCUCUUGUUUCUUUGACUUUUAUUAGUAAAUAUAAACCAUAAAUCCAUUCUAAUGAAUGAAUUUUAGCACUUACAUCAUUGCCAAAGUGCUGGUAUUCAGUUGUGACCUAAAUAACUAUUUUCUUAUGCCCCCCUUCGAAGAAGGAGGGGUAUAUUGUUUUGCCGAUGUCAGUCGGUAUGUAGACCUAUCCGUUUCCAAAUGAUAACUCAAGAAUGCUUUGGCCAAGGAUCAUGAAUGUUGAUAGGUUGUUUGAUCAUAACCAGCAGAUGACCUCUAUUGAUUUUGAGAUCAGUAGGUCAAAGGUCAAGGUCACAGUGACCCAGAACAGUUAAAUGGUUUCCGGAUGGUAACUAAAGAACGCUUGGGCCUAGGAUAUGAAAGUUGAUAGGGAGGUUGGUCAUGACAAGCAGAUGACUCCUAUUGAUUUUGAAGUCAGUAGGUCAAAGGUCAAGGUCACAGUGACCCAGAACAGUUAAACAGUUUCCAGAUGAUAACUAAAGAACGCUUGGGCCUAGGAUCAUGAAAGUUGAUUGAGAGGUUGGCCAUGACAAGCAGAUGACCUCUAUUGAUUUUAAGGUCAGUAUAGGUCAGAGGGCAAGGUCACAGUGACCCAGAACAGUUAAACGGUUUCCGGAUGAUAACUCAAGAACGCUUGGGCCUAGGAUCAUGAAAGUUGAUAGGGAGGUUGGUCAUGCCCAGCAGAUUACCCAUAUUGAUUUUGAGAUUAAUAGGCCAAAGGUCAAGGACACAGUGAUCCGGAACAGUAAAACCAUUUCCAGACGAUAACUUGAGAACGCUUGGGCCUAGGAUCACAAAACUUAAUAGGAAGGUUGAUCAUGACCAGCAGAUGACCCCUAUUGAUUUUGAUGACAGUAGGUCAAAGGUCAAGGUCACAGUGACCUGGAACAGUUAAAAUGUGUCUGGACAAUAAUUCGAGAAUGCUUGGGCCUAGGAUCACGAAACUUAAUAGGGAGGUUUAUCAUGACCAGCAAAUGACCCCUAUUGAUUUUGAGGUCAGUAGGUCAAGGUCACAUUGACCAAGAACAGUAGAACUUUUGUACAGUGACCAAAUAAUUUCUGUUCCUUGUGCAAUUACUAAAUGCAUCAAGGGGGCAUUUUGUGUUCUACGAGCUCUUGUUAUAUUUUUAGCUCACCUGUCACAUAGUGAAAAGGUGAGCUUUUGUGAUCACCCUUCGUCUGUCGUCGGUCCGAUAAAAAUGCAGCAUUUGAGCGUAGGAUACUCAAACUUGAUAUUGAAAUUGGCCCUGACUAGUAUGUGACUCAUAGGUCAAAAGGUACUGUUACAACAAAAUGUUUAUCCUGAUGAUAUUUUAUGUGUAUGCCUUUGUGAUCUAUGUCAAAACUUGAUCUUAUCAUUUAAAGCAAUGGUACUCAGGUGAGCGAUAUAGGGCCAUCAUGGCCCUCAUGUUUUUCAAAUAUGGGAAAGUUGUUUAUAAGGGGAGGGAAUUGAUUAGGGAACAUAAAACAUAAAACAUACAGCUGUCCUCUUAGACAUUUUCCUAACUAAAUUAAGUGAAAAGGAAACUGAAGUCUACCCAGUAUAUAUUACCGAGACAAAAUGAUACAUUUUGUUAUAGAGUUCUCUUUUUCAUUAAUUAAUACCUUAGAUUAUGUUUUUAGGAAAUUUUAACAAUUUUUGAGAAAUAAAUCUAUAUUUUCAGAAGAUUU